AUGUGCCACACAAGCUGCUCUACUGGCUGCCAGCCAAGCUGCUCCGUGCCCCUCCCCUGCCAGUCUGCCUGCUGUGUGUCCAGCCCCUGCCAGUCCACCUGCUGUGUGCCCAACCCCUGCCAGUCUGCCUGCUGUGUGUCCAGCCCCUGCCAGUCCACCUGCUGUGGGUCUAGCCCCUGCCAGUCUGCCUGCUGUGUGUCCAGCCCCUGCCAGUCCACCUGCUGUGUGCCCAACCCCUGCCAGUCUGCCUGCUGUGUGUCCAGCCCCUGCCAGUCCACCUGCUGUGGGUCUAGCCCCUGCCAGUCUGCCUGCUGUGUGCCUGUCUGCUGCAAACCCACUGUAUAUGUCCCUGUGUGCUGCAAGCCUGUGGCCUGUGGAAUCCCGUCCUGCCAGGCCUCCUGCUGCCAGCCAGCCUCCUGCACCUCCCUGCUCUGUGCACCUUCCUGUGACCCCUCCUGCUGCUGA